CGAACGAUGGUUUGAAUGCAGGCUUCUUUCAAUGGAGGAGGAGGACACAUUUGUAGACGGCAUUUGGAGGAGCCUUCGCGCGGCGCGAUGACGUCAUACAGCCCACAAAUGCGGACUAGUAAAGGAUUUAGACACAACCUAAGAGCGGUUGCGUCCGCGACAGACAAGUUACUACAAGUGCCAUAGCCGGAAGCGGAAGUAGGAGCUACAGGCACUGCAAGUCACAUUUUUCCCCAUUUCGGCGGGUGAUUUGUGUGACUUCAAAGACCGUGAGCUACUUUUAUAAGUUGUACCUUUACCAACACUUGCUGAUAAAGUCUUCAACUGUUUAGACUUCGCAGCAUAAAAAGUUUUAACUGCUUACAUUUAGCUUAGUCUAUGCUAACGUGCUGCUAGCUUAUUCGAGUGUAUUGAGAUAUUCGCUAGUAUGUCGCUAAGUCUGAGCGAGGUACGUGGCAACUUGACCAGCCUCAGGUCCUGUCAGAUCGACCUCUUGACGGGGAUGGACAUUGUCACCGCAGUGGCCAUGGACUUGGCGGAGGACCAGGACGGAGAGGGGAACCCUGGCAUUGACGAGAUGGAGGCCCUGAUGUUGGAAUGUGCCAAGCUGGAUCGAGAAAUUGACUGCUUUGUUGACAUUGUGCAACAAGCCACAUCAGACAUUUCUGCACUGCAACCAGAGGCCUUGUUCAGUCUUUCCUCCAAAGUGAAGGAAAGAGUCACUAUGAGAAUAGCCAGACUGUCGGAUGCAGAUGUGCAGAAUCACCAGAAAGUAGUGACUUUUAAGGACAGCAUCAAGAGCUUCUUCAACCAAGCCACUCAAGAACCAGAAAACGUGGAGGAUCUUGAUGAGGACGUUGCUGUGACACAGACCCAAAUAAACUUCACCUGCCCUCUCACCCAGGAGGACAUGGUCAACCCAAUGAAGAAUAAGAAGUGUAACCACCAUUAUGAUGAAGGUGCCAUCAGGGGCCUCAUUGAAACAAGACACAAUCAGAAGAAGAAAUGCAUCUGCCCUGUGGUGGGUUGUGAUAACACAGAUGUACGAUUGUCAGACCUGGUACCUGACCACACUCUGAAGAGACAGAUCCAGAACCACAAGAAGCAGAGUGACCGCACAUAAACUCAGCACUUUUAUCAGAAACCUUAAUCGUAAAGCAGAAAGCCUGGUGUCGUUGUCGUUGUUGUUAUUAUUAUUGUUAUGCUUUGACAAAGAGGGAUGCUGUUGCUAUGGUUUUCAUUAUUUUCACCAGAAAUGCACCUAGGUUGUUAAGUGACAUUUGAUUGUUUUGGGUAUAUUGUUUUUUUCCUAAUGUUUCUUUUGUAAGAAAAUUUUGUAUAUUUCAGACCAUUUGGUGUUCUUCAGUGUUGCUGAGUUAUAAUAAAAGCUGUGACUAUUUA